UGGGUGACUCUUGCCCUCUUUGGACACAGGGUCCCCAGGAGUAGAUGUGGGUGGUGACAGUUGAUCUCCAAGGACUGCCUGGGUGUGAAGUUCCUCCUCUGAGGAGGUCACGGUUCUGACCUCGCCCCCGUCUUCCUGUGGGGCCUCCUCCAAGUCCUGAGCUCUCAGUUCCCCAGAGAAGAACCCCGAGGAGCAGCCUUUCCCCGGCGGGCCCUGGCACCCGCACCCGACAUGCUGCUGCUGCUGCUGGCCCUGCUCUGGGGGAGGGCGGGGGUGGAGGGACGGGGAGGGCACGGGGAAGGUUACACGCUGCAAAUGCCGAGUGUGGUGACGGUGCAGGAGGGCCUGUGUGUCCAUGUGCCCUGCUCCUUCUCCUACCCCCGGGACGGCUGGACCGACUCUGACCCAGUUCAUGGCUACUGGUUCCGGGAAGGGGCCCAAUCACACCAGGAGGCUCUAGUGGCCACAAAUGACCCAGCUAGGAAAGUGCGGGAGGAGACCCAGGGCCGAUUCCUCCUCCUCGGGGAUCCCAGGAGGAGCAACUGCUCCCUGAGCAUCAGAGACGCCAGGAGGAGGGACAAUGGGUCCUACAGUUUUUGGGUGGGCAGAGGAAGACAGGAGAAAUGGAGUCGCACAUCUCCCCGCCUCUCUGUACACGUGACAGCCCUGACCCACAUGCCUGACAUCUUCCUCCCGGGUUCCCUGGAGUGUGGCCACCCCACGAACCUGACCUGCUCUGUGCCCUGGGCCUGUGAGCAGGGGACGCCCCCAAUUUUCUCCUGGAUGUCAUCUGCCCCCACCUCCCUGGGCACCAGGACCACCCGCUCCUCGGUGCUCACUCUCACCCCACAGCCCCAGGACCACGGCACCAGCCUCACCUGCCGGGUGACCCUGCCUGGGGCCAGUGUGACCACGUCGACGACUGUCCAUCUCAACGUGUCCUGUGAGAGCCGGGCGGGGACACCCGGGGCCCUGAGGGUGCAGGUCGUGGCGGGGAACAGGGCAGGGCCAGGCCAGGGGUCAAAGGUGGGACCUGGUAGCCAAGCAGGAAAGGCCCCUGUCGCGUCUCCAUGGCUCCUGGGGGGAAGGCCAGGGAUGUCCGGGCUGCCACAUCUUUCUGUCCCAGAUGCUCCACAGAACGUGACCGUCACCAUCUUCCAAGGAAACUGCACAGCCCUCCAGAUCCUGCAAAACACCUCGUCCCUCCCCGUCCUGGAGGGCCAGGCUCUGCGACUGCUCUGUGCUGCUGACAGCAACCCCCCUGCUCACCUGAGCUGGUUCCAGGGGACCCCAGCCCUGAACGCCACCCCCGUCUCCAAUACUGGGAUCCUGGAGCUGCCCCGAGGGGUGCCUGCAGGAGGAGUAGAAUUCACCUGCCAGGCCCAGCACCCCCUGGGCUCCCGGCACGUCUCUCUCAGCCUCUCUGUGCACUACCCCCCGCAGCUGCUGGGCCCCUUCUGCUCCUGGGAGGCCGAGGGGCUGCGCUGCAGCUGCUGCUCCCGAGCCCAGCCGGCCCCCUCCCUGCGCUGGCGGCUCGGGGAGGGGCUGCAGGAGGGGAAUGGCAGCCAUGGCUCCUUCAGGGCCACCCUCAGCUCAGCGGGGCCCUGGGCCAACAGCUCCCUGAGCCUCCGAGGGGGGCUCAGCUCCAGCCUCAGGCUCAGCUGCGAGGCCCACAAUGUCCACGGGACCCGGAGCGGCACCGUCCUGCUGCUGCCAGGGAAGCCAGAGCCCCGAGGAAGAUUCGCGCUG